AUGUCGAAGCUUUCAGAAGCCGUCAAGGCUCUCAUUAAUGCGUCCCAUGCCAGCCCGGGCUACACGCGUGCCUCGGCCCAGGUGAAGCCCGCGCUGGCGCGGUUCGCCAGCGAUGCGACGGAGAAGCAAGUCGGACUGCCGGCUUGGGUCACCAUGUCGACAGCCGUGAGCGCGACAAUGAACUGCCCCGAGGCCAUGACGUCCAUCUUCCACCUCGCCAACGAGACCAACCCGAACCGCAAACCGGCCCAGAACGCAGAGCUCAUCCGCGAGGUUGGCCUUAAAUGCAUAUCAUUCAACGGCAUUCCGCGAUCCAUCAACACCCUCGGCGCUUUCUACGGCAGCCUGCCCUCGGACGUGGCGUCGCAGCUGCAGACGAGGCCUACGCGCGAGCUGACGCCCCAAAAUCUGGAGACGAGGAAAGCGGACGGGCUGGCGCUGUGGGACUCGGUGUACAUCGGCUUCGAGCGGAAGCUGUUGGCCAAACUGGGACAGAGCCAUCCGGAUCUCCCUGUGCACAUCAUCAACGGACACUACUCGAACCUGCUCUCCAACCCCCGCGGGGAGAAGGCCGGUGCCGCCGUCGGCCGGGUGCUCACGAGUCUGGUGGCCAUCUCGUGUCUGAGAGCGCAGACGGGUGUCGGGCCUCAGGUCGUCUCGCACGUCUUCGGCCUGAGAAAGGCCUACGAGUACGGCGAUGCGCAUGCCCAGGGGGAGGAAGAGGUCCAGGGCGGAGAGUGGCUAGCAAGCGACGAGGGUAAUCUCUGGCUUUUGGAACACAUUGAUAGACUUACCGAGGCCAUUGGAGGUGGUGCAGGCACAAGUUUUGCACCCGGGCUGCGGUCAAAGUUAUAG